AUGAAGAAGGCCAGCAAGUUCGCCGCCUGGCUCGAGUGCAAGCAGCGCCCCCCGCUGGUGCUGCUGACGGACUGGCGCGAGGCAAAGCCGUGCCUGCAGGCGGCGGCCGACCAGCCCGUGCAGAACCAGCCCGCGAUCACGCUGGUGCUCUGCGACGUGCCCGCGCAGUACGAGCGGGCCGAGGCGUGGGCGCGCAGCUGCCCGGCGGGCUCCGAGAAGGUGCGAGUCAUCAGGGACAUAGGCCUGCCGAGGGAACUGCUCGCAGAGCUGCUGCCCGAGCUGCUGCAGAGCGAGCUGCUGGCGACGUGGGACGGUAAGGCCGAAGUCGGCGGCGAGCCCGAGGUCGAGUGCGAGGCCCCCCCCGGCGAUCAGCACCUCGCGCCGUGGCCGGUCGCCGCCGUGCGGGCGUAG